CCCCGGCGGGGUGGGGUGGGGGCAGGCAGCGGGACAGCAGCCGCCCGGCGGUGCCGGCCGUGCCCCAGCGCCGCCCGCCGCGGCACCUGGCCGCCCUGCGGAGCCGCGGCCCGGCUCCGCGCUCCCGGCGCCCUCGCCAGCAGUUCCCGGCGGGGGAGACGAGGAGUGAAAAAAAAAAAAAACCCCAAGCGCCCGCGCCGGCGGGAGGAAGGACGGACAGGGCGAUCGGUAGCGCGAGGAUGAAGCCGUGACGGGGAAGGACAGUUUCUCUGGGAUCAACAAGUGGGAACUCCUGCACGCCUCGUCCGUCCCCUCCCUUCCCCGCGCCCGCCUGCAGCCUGUGACAAACUUGUUGCUGCAAAGUUGUCCCCAUCUACAGACGGCGGCUCCUGCGCGCUGGAAGGACACAGCGGGAACUCGCACCCGCCCGGCGAUGGUGCCCCGGGCGCGCACCGCCCGGGCCCUCUGCGCCCUGCAAGCGCUGCUGCUGCUGGCGCCAGGUCUUGCUGAGAAAGAACUUUUUGAGAAACCAACACUGAGCAUUGCAAAAGACCACAUUGUACUUUCUCCAGGAGACGUCCUAAAAGUAAAAUGCAGGGGAGCACCUUCUGUAAGCUGGCUUUUGAGAGAGGAGCAGAAAGAAGACCCCAGGAUACACAUAAAUAAUUGCCGCAAUAACACAAGGCAAAGCUGCAGCAUGCUUGUCAUGAGGAAGGUCACAGCAAAUGACACUGGUUACUUCAUCUGCGUUCAUGACAAUUUCCCAUCUAACGAGGAUCUCAUGGCCAAAAUUUAUGUGUUUGUUAAAGACUACAAAAAUCCAUUUGUGAAGAUUUACCCAGAACAUCCUGAUAUAAUCUACAUUUUAGAUGCUAAGAAACCGGUGGUUGUCCCCUGCCGAGUUACCUCUCCAGAUAUCCAACCCAAGCUUCUACAGUAUCCUUCUUCUGUAGAGAUCAACUUCAAGAAGGUGACGUGGGACCCAACAAGAGGAUUUAUCAUCCCCUCUCAUUCUUUCGUUUACUCUGAAAUGCUCAAAUGCACUGCAAAUGUCAAUGGAAGUGUGUUCACAUCCUAUUACCUAAUACAGAGAUUGGAGGGCAGAAUACAGAACUUGGCUCUGAAAGCAACUCCCAAAAAGCUGCUGAUUGGAGAUACUCUCUAUUUGGACUGCAGAGCAGAAACCUUCAUCAAUGGGCGAAUUGAAUUCAUAUGGACGUGUCCUAAUGGGAGACACCCUUAUCCUAAGAGAACGAUAGACAAAAGUGGCAUGGUGUAUAAAGUUGGCAGUAGCCUGAUAAUUGAAAAUGUCACCAUGGAAGAUGGAGGCCUGUACGUAUGCAGAACAUUCAAUGUAACAAGGCUGGAAGCCAACGUCACGGUUACGGUGUAUGAUAAACCUUUCCUUACGGUUUCACAUAAGAAAGGGCCCUACUAUGAGAUUAUAUCAGGACACAAGUCAUUGAAACUGGCUGCAAAGGUGGAUGCCUUUCCACGUCCAAGUGUUACCUGGUACAAAGAUGGCAAACUGAUCAAGGAUAACCACACUUGUUAUGAGCCAGAUCCAGUGAGGUACAGACUGGGCAUAAGAGAUGUGAGACCCAGGCAUGCUGGAAACUACACCAUCGUCUUGAGGAAUGCAAAAUACGGCCUGUACAAGAACCUCACCAUGCAGCUGGUAGUGACAGAGAGACCCAAAAUCUAUGAAAAGGAGACUGAUUUUGAUAAGACUGAGCGGGUGGAAUUAAGAAGCAAACACAAAAUCCAGUGCACCGUAAGCGGGAAUCCUGACCCAAAGAUCGAGUGGCAGUGGCAGCCCUGCAGCCUCACGGAGACAGUAUGCAACCCUCGUGGGCCAAGAAUUGUGGUUGAGGAGAACAUGUAUAUAGGCAACAAGAUUGGGAGCAUUGAAAACAUAAGCAUGAAGCAUGGGGAUAAAAGGAAGAUUGUGAGCACACUAACUGUGGAAAACAGCAGUGCAUCAGGAAUCUAUUACUGCGUGGCUUCAAACAAGGUUGACACAGAAGAGAGGAGCAUUGAGUUCUACGUUUCAGAUGUACCCUUUGGUCUGCAAACAGACCCAAAGAUUACAACUAUUGUGGGCAAUGACGUUCAGCUGACCUGCAGGGCCUCCAAGUACAUCUACAGUAACCUGGCCUGGUACUACCCCUCCUCAGAGGUGGCUCGCAGUGACUCAAUGAUCAAGAAGAUUGACAACUACUCCAUUUCUUUGACAUUGGUCAUCAAUAACAUCACAGAGGACUACGGCGGCCUCUACAAGUGCGGAGCGCAAAACCAGCACAAUACCACCGACACGCUCGAGCAGCACACUCAGCUCCUUGUCAGAGCAAAGGCCGCACCAUAUAUUAUACAAAACCUCACAGAUCUGGAGGUUAACAUCAGUGGCAAAAUCAUUCUGGAGUGCAGAGUCGGUGGAACGCCAGAGCCUCAGAUUACAUGGAGGAAAAAUGGCUAUCCCAUUUCAGCAGCAUCAGGAAUUUCCAUGGAAAAUAAUACCCUGGUCAUCGAGCGAGUGAAAAAGGAUGACGAAGGGCUCUAUGAAUGCAAGGCAUCCAACGACAUGGGCCAAGAAAGCACAUCAGCCUUUAUCAAAAUACAAGGUUCUGAGGAGAAAUCCAACAUUGAAGUUAUCAUUUUGGUCUGCACUGGCCUAGCAGCUACCCUCUUCUGGCUUCUUCUGACCCUUUUCAUUCGGAAACUGAGAAAACCUGAUGCCACAGAUAUUAAAACAGGAUACCUGUCAAUUAUAAUGGAUCCAGAGGAAAUGCCUCUUGAUGAGCAGUGUGACCGUCUUCCCUAUGACAGUAGUAAAUGGGAGUUCCCAAGAGACAGACUGCGGCUGGGUAAAACACUGGGUCACGGUGCUUUUGGGAAGGUGGUGGAAGCGUCUGCUUUUGGCAUUGAUAAAUCUUCAACCUGCAAAACAGUUGCUGUUAAAAUGCUUAAAGAAUGUGCAACUACUAAUGAGUGCAAAGCUUUAAUGUCUGAGCUGAAGAUCCUCAUCCAUAUAGGACAUCAUCUGAAUGUAGUCAACCUGCUGGGAGCCUGCACCAAAGCUGGAGGUCCUUUGAUGGUCAUAGUAGAAUACUGCAAAUAUGGAAAUCUGUCCAAUUAUCUAAGAGGAAAACGAGGAGAUUUCAUUGCAUACAAGCCCCAGGAAAAUUCUGACCAAGCAGAGAAAAGUCUUGACGAGUCGAACAGUGAUUUAACCGAACUGAUCAAGAGGCGCCUUGAGAGUGUAGCCAGCACAGGAAGCUCUGCCAGCUCAGGAUUCAUUGAAGAUAAGAGUUACAGUGACUCAGAAGAAGAUGAAGAAGAUGCUGAGGAUUUGUACAAGCGGCCCCUGACUUUGGAGGAUCUGAUCUGUUAUAGCUUCCAAGUGGCAAAAGGCAUGGAGUUUCUCGCCUCCAGAAAAUGCAUUCAUCGGGAUCUGGCGGCAAGGAACAUCCUUCUGUCAGAAAACAACGUGGUGAAGAUCUGUGACUUUGGACUAGCCAGGGAUAUUUACAAAGACCCUGACUACGUACGGAAGGGAGAUGCGAGACUUCCACUGAAAUGGAUGGCUCCAGAGGCUAUUUUUGAUAAGAUUUACACAACGCAGAGCGACGUAUGGUCUUUUGGAGUGCUGCUGUGGGAAAUAUUUUCUCUAGGUGCCUCACCAUAUCCUGGAGUGCAGAUAGAUGAAGACUUUUGCCGCCGGCUCAAAGAAGGAACUCGAAUGAGAUCUCCAGAGUACUCCACUCCAGAAGUCUACCAAACGAUGCUGGACUGCUGGCAUGGAGUACCCACAGAAAGGCCUACCUUCACAGAGCUUGUGGAGCGUUUAGGAGAUCUUCUUCAGGCAAAUGUACAGCAGGAUGGUAAAGACUAUAUUCCACUGAACAUCACAUUGUGUCCUGAUGGAGAAUCUAACUCCAAAACUGGCCCAGUGGAAGAAAAUUUGAACUGUGUGAACCGCUGGAGUGCAGUGGAAACCGGUAACAACAGCAAGAAGCGACCACUGAGUGUGAAGACAUUUGACGAGGUGCCAGUGGAAAAGGAGAAAGUGAUACAUGAGGAGUCAGAUAGCGGGAUGGUGUUGACUUCUGAUGAGAUAAAAUGCUCAAAGAGGCUGGAAAUCCGUUCUUGGCCCUACGGAAUCAUGGCUCUAGCGCGGAGAGCUGUUAGCAAGAGCAAAGAAUCCAUAUUAUCCGACCAUGAGCGCGAGGCUGUCAAAUACCAGCCAGCAGUACAGGUUGAAGAGGACACCAUGGACUUCACACUGGAAGACUCUGUUCUCCUUCCUAUGGAUCCAAACCUGGAAUGCCACAGCCCACCUCCAGAUUACAACUCCGUCAUUCACUACUCUGCUCCUCCGGUGUAAUCAGCCCAAGUUGAUUCGAGGCCCCUUGCGCCUCUCUUAAUUCUCAUAUGCCUCCAUGCCUGGGGAAAGAGGCUGGGUAGAACGAGAAGGGAAAUCUGACCGCACACUGGUUCACCUUUUUCUUCUGGCACGUCUCUGAUGUGAAUGGAAACUCUUUAGGAGCACCCAUCUUGCUACCUUUAAAGGCCUGUUGCCACAUAUGCGGUAAAUUAAAAAUCUGUCUAUCAGAAUCAUAAAUAGGAGCUGCAACCCAGAACUGCUCCCACUCCUUCUUCCCCUAACUGGGACUGUUCAUUGGCACUUGCAGAUUUGCCAGGUCCUUCAUUCACUUUUUACUCUGUGUGAGUCACCAAGAAUCACAUCAAGCUAGUUUGGAAGCAGUAAAAGAUGCUGAAAAGGAUCAGUUGAAAACAACAGCCAUAUACUCUAACAUUUUGUUUUUGGAGAAAAUCCAAAAUUACAACAUUUUUCUUGGAUCUUGGGAUCUCAUCUUCACUAAAUGGUUUUGAAAUACCCAAAAUAUUUUUGUUACAAUUUGCAAUAUAUUCUCCCUGCCUACAGGACCCAUUCUUAAAAUGACAUAGCACGCACAAAGCAGAUAGCACUCAUGUAUCAAGGCAUAGGCUGGUCUCUUAGGCUUUCAGGGCAUACAGUGUGACUAAAUCUGUUUCCCUGUGUUUUCUCCUUGUCAAAACAGCAAUUUAUUUUAAGAUGCAAUGCAAGAGGGAACCUUGAUUGAGAUGCAUCUUUAAUGAUUGCAAGGCAUCAUCAGUGCCUUAAAUAUGAACCUGUUAAGCUUAAAUAGAAUUUCCCAGCACACAUGGACAUACUUAUGUGAGUGUGCAUACAGCACCCUUUAACAACAAAGUUAAACAUAUAAAUGCGCAUACACUUUUGAGGUGCCAGCAGUGUAGCAGCAAUUUUGUGUUUCCUUUCUGGAGACAGAUUUUUUUAAAGAAUAAAGAAAAAAAGCACUUCCUCUGGAUUCCAUCACAGAUGCCACACAGUUUGAUCUUGGGAAUACUAGUCCAUGCUAAACUGUGAGCAUAUGUGAUACAUAUUUGUCCCUGACUGUCUCGCCAAGGUAAAUACUGGUAGGAAAUGAAAUGCCCUCUGCACUGAAGCCCUUCAUGGUUAAGUCAAAACUUUUUUUUCCCCAUUCUAAUCAUGCAGGCUGAAUGGAUCAAAAAUCCUCACAUUUGAGAAAUUCAAGCUGUGUUACCCCAGCACCCAAAAGCUCUGUGUGGAAGGGACUCUGGCCUGCAAGUAGGCAUACGCAGGUCCCAUGCACACCCCUGUCUUUCUCACAGCAGUUUCACAAGUAAGCAAAUAAUUCUUGUCAUAUAAUAUGCUAUGAAAUAAUCAGAGCUGACUUUAGAAAACUAGAAGGGAUAAAGUAUCUAGGUUCCCAAGCCUAAAAAGCAAGGAUGAGGAAGAUGUUCAUUGACAGUCAAGCUUAUAACCUGCUAAAUUGUAAACCUCAGUCUGUAUAUAAACUUCUCUCUGUGCACAGUUCCUUCCAAGGUCUGCACAACCCUUUCCUUUUGUUCUUUGGCUUGACACUCUGAUUUGACUUCUUCAGAGAGAAGGAAUUUUUCUUCAGGACUACAGGCUAAAGGAAGAAAAAAAUAAAAUCCAACACCUGCAAAACAAUCAUUUUACCUUGGUGAAGACAGUCUAAAUGUUCUUGCGGCAGCAAAGAAAACAUUUCUGCAUGAUCAGUUAGAGUUGGUUACAUUGCAAUAAACAUGAAAAAAGCCUCAGGUAUUACCAAAGGGGAGGACAAAACUCCAACCCCCAUACCACGUUAACUGUGAAUGCUAAAGCAUUUGAAGAAAGGGCUCUUGGGGACUGCACUUCUGGUUCCCCUCAGCUCCAGAGCUGACCCAUUAAAGAAAUCAUCUGCAGGAACUCAAGAGCCCCUCCUUUAUAGUGGACCUGCUAAAAAGUUGUGGUCUGUAGUUGCUUUAUGGUCAUUUUUGCACUUCUUUGUAUUUUAGUACCUAUGUAUUAACUAGAGCUGGUCAUAUAACAGAAGAAACUACUGGAAAAAAAAUCAUCUAAUGAGCACAGUAAGCUCAUAAUACCAGUUUUUCAUCAAAUAGGAAAUUAACUAUCUGUAGAUCUCAUCAAAUAGUGAAUCAUUUCUUUUGGAAAUAAUUUAUUCGUAUAGCAAAAUGUAAAAAAAAUGUGCAUACGGUUUGUCUGGCUGUACUGUUAAAGGCAUCAGUAUGAGGUGGUUUGUUAUUGUGUCUUGCUCUGUAGCUUACGAAAGCAACAGUGUGUAAAACCUUUGCUUUUAAACUUUAUAAGAACAUAUAGGGAAAAAAAACUGCAAGUAUGCUCUCUAUUUUGGAAAAGAAUGGGAAACACUGCUGUGUGAACUGUGUGCUUCCAAGAGAGUCGAGUAUAUUUUCUUCCCUGUUUAUCAAGGACAAAAUGUAGAUGUUUCUCUGAAGUCAGAGGAACAUGCAGGGUGUUUCCGGAGCGGGACCUGAGAGGGCACUCCAGCCCGAUCGGCCUUCCCCACAUCGCGCGAGACGACCUGAAAACACAGCGCAGGCUCACGUGCUCGAGACACGUUUUAAAACACUGGCUGCGUUGACCGUCCCCAGAGAGCUGGGGGCUCCUCUGCAGCGGCAGAAUCAACGGCCGUCUCAAGCGGUAUCGAUGGCCGUUCCUUCAGACCGCACGGAUACCCUCCAGCCUGUAAAGCUGGCUGUCAGAUGUUCUGCAAAUGGCAAGUGACUGAUGGUUGGGCAGCUGUGUUUCCCACAUUUAUUCCGAGUGGAAGGUUUUUCCUACUUACGGUCAAUGCAACAAGCAGAAAUAUUGCCUGAAAAGUAUUAUUGAACAUAUGUCUUCUAUUUUAUUUACUAAUAUUUUGUUCGUCCUUUUCUCUCCUCCCUUAAUUUAAUUAUUGUUCUUUUCUUACAAUGAUGUAUAUAGUUUACCCAGUAGACACAAAUAUAGCAAUUCAUUUAUGUGGUAAUAUUUGUAACAUUUUAGUCAAAUGAGAAGGAGAUACCUUCAUAUAACGGAUUUAAGUAUCUUUACUAAACAUUUCACUAAUGCUUGCAGGCCAGGCUCCAGUUUACAGUACCUACUAGUGCCAUUUCGUAGCAAUUCUCCUUUUGGCUGGAAGUAUCUCUGGCUCUCACUUAUUCCCAGUUGUUAUUUAGCUUCAGAUAGGAAACAGGGAUCUAGAGGAAUUGGCAGGUUUAUCUCAUUCCUGGGAGUGUCGCCAUGCAGCUCAAGGUGAAGGAGAGGAAUUUACUGCCUCUGUUUUAACUCAAGACUGGUCUAUUGGCUAGAGAAGGGGCCAAACUGCUUAAGUGAUGUAACGUUUGAUUACCGUUUUCUCAGACUUCUCAGGGAUUCCUGUUUGACUCCUGUCAGCCACCUGCUUUUUCUAAUAUUAGUGAGCUCAGUGAUAUCUGAUAUUAGCAAGUACCUUUUUCUUCUGUAAUAGUGCUGCUUUCUACUGCUCACUUCUCUUGCAACCCCAGAGAAUUAGAGCAAAGGGACUCAGCACUUAUCAAAGUGUUGUCUUCUCCCCAGCAGUCACCUGCCCUCUAGGAGUCCAAGCGAGGAUAAGGUGCCUUCCCUUGCAUGCUACUGUUCAGGCUGGUGUUUACGACAGCCUGGUUUCCUACCUCCUCUUUUCUCUACUUUUCAUAUAUUUCUUGAUACUUGAUGUUCUUCACAGUCCCUCCAAUUGGUUUUCUCUGCCUUUUGACCAAGAGCAGCUAUAGAGCUAGCUUCACCCUGCUAUUUCCUCUGUUCUGUUCUUGCGGAGGCUGAAUUAGAUAAUCUAAAGUAAGCUUUUUUCACUUUAAAAAUGUUUCUAAUAUAAGCAAUGGAAACUAGUUUAUAUUGCUUUGUCUGGAAGCCUCUCUAUAUCCUUCCCUGAUCAAGAGAAGUUUCCUUCUCUUCUGUUAUUUCUGUAUUUGAUACCUGGGGCAAGUCAAAGGUUGCUGUGUAUCUAUCUGAAUCUCAUCUUUCUCUUAGUCCUUUCUCAAACAAUUUGGUUUCUCUUUAGUUCUUUCAAGUUAUCCUCAUCCUUACCAGGAUGCUAGGUCCACACUAUCUGCCCAGGAUAUCAAGGAAGGUCAGAUAAAAUUAUAAAGCCUUUCUGAAUAAUAGUCUCAAACAAAACCACUGAAAUUUGAACUACAUUUAAGGCUGCCUGCUGGUAUAAACUGCUGUGCUUCACACUAAGAUGAACACUGCUCUCCAGUUUGCUUGGCAGUUAUCUAGAAUAAUGUCAAGUAAGUCCAGGCACUUUACUCCUUAUAUUUAGGCUCUUGUAUACUGUAGGAAUGUCCACUGGCAUUUAAGCCUGUAACUGGCCAGCCAACACCUUAUUACUCAUCUUCUCAGUGACCGUUCACACUGAACGCUGGCACUGCCUUAUCAUGUCCUAUCUCGCUCUACCAGUUUCAUACAGCCCCAUUCCAGCUGUAAGGACAACACCAGGAAACAACCCGCUGCAGGGAAACAUCACUAGCUAGUAGCUCCAUAGCAAGGUAAAGCACUGCAGGGUUUUUCCUGAACACAGGAGCUAGCCAGGAUCAGCAUCACAUUCAAAACUCAGUUUGUUUGGGUUUUUUCUUAUGAUAAAGUGGAUGGAAAAUACAGAAGGUACCAAUAUUUCCUUAGUCCCUCCCUACAAGUAGUAAUGGCCAAACCCUGGGAUCUAUAUUCCUGUUUUCACACUACCCAUAAAAAAAACAAAGGAAUUUUGCCUAUGUAAUGACACCAGUACCAUCUUAUGCAAGUAAAAUUCAGGGAAGCCUUCCAGAUUUUUGACCCUAUCACGAACUGGUCAGAGAGUGUCUAGAAUGUAAGUGUUUAGCCCAAGCACUGGCUUGUUUGUUUGAUGUAUGUGUGUUUCCAAAAUAUGUUAACACAGAAAAAGAAAACUUGCUAGAUUGAGUCGUUUGGGACCCCAAGCAAAUAUGAUGCCAGAAGGGCCAUGGUUACAGGAAGACUAACGUGGAAUGUAGUGAGCAGCGUCCCAUUGUCCUGCCUUAAAAUCCUGUUUCUCAGCAGCCAGCACAUCCUUAUUACUCACUUCAGUUUUCCUUAGACAUCGAGCUGUCAAAGCAGCUAAUGAAAACUGGGAAAACCCAAUAACCAGGGACUUAAAUAAAAUAAACUAAGUGCCACGUAAUACUCAAAACACUAUGGAAUGUUUGUCUGCCCUGUUCCUGUCUGUCUGAAGAAUGUAUGCACUGAAAACUCUGCUUUCUUAUGUAGUCAAAAAUUGUAUUGUAUCUAUUAACCCCAAAAUAAAAAGAUUCUAUAUUUAUACA